UGCGGUCACCUAAGAUGACGCAAACCUCUCACGUAAAGGGGCGGGGCUCCGCGUGGACCUCAGCCGGAAAUGAUCACGUGAGGGGCGGAAGCCGUCAAUAGAGAAGCGGCGGCCGAUGGAGACGGGUGUUCUGAUGAGGAGACUGAGGACCUCUCCAGAGUCACCGAGUGAGUAAAUUAUUGAGCUGGACAAGAACCCAAGCCUGUAAUUGCAGAAACUGGAGAUCUUUUCUAUCACAUUCUCUUAAGAUCUUUGCAAGUUAAUCUUGUGAAAGAAAAUGCCUAAAGUCAAAAGAAGCCGGAAAGCUCCUCCAGACGGCUGGGAGUUGAUUGAGCCAACGCUGGAUGAAUUAGAUCAAAAGAUGCGAGAAGCUGAAACAGAACCUCAUGAAGGGAAGCGGAAAGUGGAGUCCCUGUGGCCCAUCUUCAGGAUCCACCACCAAAAAACACGGUACAUCUUUGACCUCUUCUACAAGCGCAAAGCCAUAAGCAGAGAGCUCUACGAGUACUGCAUCAGAGAAGGCUACGCAGAUAAAAACCUGAUUGCAAAGUGGAAGAAGCAGGGCUACGAGAACCUGUGCUGCCUCCGCUGCAUCCAGACUCGGGACACCAACUUCGGAACCAACUGCAUCUGCCGGGUUCCCAAAAGCAAGCUGGAAGUGGGCCGCAUCAUCGAGUGCACGCACUGUGGCUGCCGAGGCUGCUCUGGCUGAGGCCCCGACCCCACCCCGACUCGACCUCACGGGCGUCUCCUGCUGUGAGCCCCGGUCCUGGGAGCAGCUCUUCUCCACAGAGUGGCCCACCCUGGCCUGAAUUGGGGCACGGUCUCUACAGGUGAAGGCUUUGGGGGUUCAUCAGCUGUGAUUUGUAAAAAUAAAACCUUUUAACCCUCGUG